GUUAGCCUUCCCUUCCAUUACCUUGACCUUCUCUGCUUCCCCUCAGAACUUUUUAUUUUAUUUUAUUUUUUAUUUUUUAUUAUAUUUUUUGUUUUGUUUUUCAUGAAAACAGCGUAGAGGAUCCAUCAUUCAUUUUCCCGGAAAUACUGGAACCAAUGCCCCCUUCCGUUUAACUGUUAAUCUUAUUCACGAUUUCCCCCACACCAUAUAUCUACGUUUUUUUUUCUUUUUCUUUUUCACUUAAAAAACCGUAUAUUCCUUCUUCUUUUUUUCAAAUAAUUUCGAUUCAAUUUGGUUUCUUCGCUUCAAUGCUCCAGAUUUUUUAAAUUUUGAAUUCAACCCCCCGAAGAAAACCCAAGAAUUCAAAGGUCAAAGGGAGGAGACUGAUUAGAUUAGGGUAAAAGAAAAUUGGGAUUUUUUUGUUUUUUUUUAAAAAAAAAAAGGGAAAACGGGGGAAAUGCUGAUGGAAAGGGAGAGGCGGAAUGGCAUCAAUACAAUUGAACAGUACAGUUACGAUACGAAUGGCCAUUACAGUCAUUUUUGCAAUGAUUAUAGUCUAUUAGAGAAGGAUAAGAUUCAAAAUUUACCCUCUUCAACGAUACCGUCUGCCGGUUUCAUUGAACAUCCCGUUUCCCGCUUCGAUACCCUCGCCGGCGUCGCCAUCAAGUACGGCGUUGAGGUAGCUGACAUAAAAAGGAUGAAUGGACUGGUUACAGAUCUUCAAAUGUUUGCUCUUAAGACACUCCAGAUCCCUUUACCAGGGCGGCAUCCACCAUCACCUUGCUUGUCAAAUGAUUCCACCACACCAGGCAGGCAAAGCAGUGCCAAUGAAUCCCCAGCAAAAAAUUUGUCAGUCGAUUGGCUCGACUCGUUCCAGUCUUUGAGAUUGAAGAGUCCUCGAAGGGUCUCCCCGGCAAUGAGCUCAUUACAAGGGUACUAUGGCCUUAAACCAACAGAAAAAAAGACCAUGCCCGAAGGUUUUGAAAUGGCACUAUACAGGAAGGGUGAAGCUGAUUAUUUGGAAGAUGGUCUGUUCCUUAAACCCUCAUCUUCCAACCCUCUUUCGAUGCUUAAACGGAAGUCUAGAAGUGUAGCUAAUGGAUUUUACGAUGAGAAUGGUGAAAUCCUGGUAGAUAUCAUGUCUGCAGGAGAGGGCAAAGAAGGCGAACCUGAUAAUAAAUCCAAUGAGAAACUUAUUAGAAGACGGCAGAAAUCCGAGGCCGACUUUACUGCCCGCCUAUUGAAGGAAGAUAACACUGGCAACGUAGGGUUUCCAGCGAUAACCGCGAAACAGCUGGCACUGAGAUCAAAAGCAGGAAGCCGGAUGAAUUCCGCGGCAGUCGAUGGGUUCAAUGUGGCAACAAUGAUUUUAGGAGAAGAAUGCACGGUCAAUGGAUAUGGGGAAGUGAGGAAAUCAUCGAGCACAUCUUGUUUGCACGAUCAUCAGGAAAACAGCAGCAAUAUUGGUAGUAGUAGUUUGUCAUCGCUGUGGCCGGCAGCGUCAAAAUGGAGCUUGAAGCCUGAUUUGCAAGCACUUUCAACUGCAGGCAUCAAGAGACCUAUUCUUGAUGGGUUUACGAAACCCAUGCCCGCUCGUAAAAACAAAGCGGCGCUUGAUUAGCGUAGCGUUUAAAACUUAAAUGCCAUUUUUCUUUACUACAACCUUGAACCAACUGCUACAUGCUAGCCUUUUGAGGAGUACAUAUUAUAGAAAGAACUAAGGAAAGGAAAAGAAAGGCCUUAUAAAGAGCGUCAAAAAGGAAAAAGAAAAACAGUUAAUGAAUUGAAAUUUAAAUAAUAAUUUAAUUUUUUUAUUGUUUUCAA